CAGUGCAUGGGGGGUGGGGUGUGGUGGGGCGGCGCUUCUCAAUGCCUCGCAUCCAUGUACAGGUAGUUCAGUCCCGUACGAUAAUAACUUAAGCGCUGCAUCAUUUUUCAAUAACUCUUGCCUUCCAUCCGCUCUGAGCCAUGGCCGACGUUCUAUUCAAUAUACGACCCAAGUUUGUGGAAAAAGUUUCGCUGGCCGUCCUCAAGCUGCUGAUGGACGAUCUCCGGCUAAUGAAGGUUCUGAAUGCUGCGGAGGUGGAACAAGUGACAGAAGAACACCGCCAGAGAAUGGACCAGGCUCGCACCUUAAUAGACAUGGUGCAGAAGAAAGGCGACGAGGCCAGCAACCAGCUGAUGAGAUGCCUUCAGGAGAAGGACCCACCGCUAUUUAAUGAACUUGGGCUCAAUUUCGCGAUGGACCAACGGUAGGAAAACGAGUUGUGGUGACCAUCGGUACACCUCACCUCAAGAGCAACAUGGAACAGAUCUUUUUCCGUAUUAAAAUACCAUCAAAAAAUGGCAUUUUUAAAUUUUUGAUAUUUUUGGCCAUAAGGCUAUAUUGCCUUUUGUAUUUUGCCAUUAUCCACGGAAACACAUUAUUCAUAAUAAAAUUCUUCAAGCAUCUG